UAAAGUCUACUCCAGCUGCCUUUUCUUGAAUAUGUAUCGUCUCUCUCAACAUUUCGCCAGCUUUGCGCCCUGUGACUGAUUUAUAUCAAAUUGAUAUUGGUCGUUGUCUUGAGUUUCAGCUGUAUGUGUCGUGUUCGGCUUGACAAAGACUCAGUUGUAAAUAAAAGUAAUUCAGCUGCAUUUAAAAGACAACACGCAACAUUACAAAGGCAUCUGUCGCGAGUCCCCUGCAGUGUGGCUUUAAGAAAAAAAGAAUGUCACGUGACACAAAACCACUGCCAGUGUUUUCCAACAUGGCUCCUCCGUGGUUGAAGCUACUGUUUCGCUUUAUGUUUGGGAUAAUGAUCACUUUCUCUUUGUGUCCGGAGUUACAGGGAAGCCAAGGCAAUGACAUCGAUAGCUGCGAAAAUCUACGUCUAGGACAAUAUCUUUGUGCACCCCCCGAAAUAAACGAUGCCACACAAGAACCAGAAGGCUGCAAAGAUUUAGUUGCAUGGGUGGAGUGCAAACCAGCCCCCAAUGUCACCUGCCUUCUUGGAAAUGGCACCAAAGUCAAGUUCAGUGGAGAAGAAGUUGGUUUCAACAAAAGUAUUCCAUGCAGGAACGUGAGUGGAUACUCUUACAAAGUUGCGGUUGCUUUGUCCCUGUUUCUUGGAUGGCUUGGUGCAGAUAGAUUCUACCUUGGAUAUCCUGCAUUAGGCCUGCUAAAAUUCUGCACUGUUGGUUUCUGUGGUAUUGGCAGCUUGGUGGAUUUCAUGCUUAUUGCCAUGCAGAUUGUGGGUCCAUCUGAUGGGUCGGAUUACAUUGUGGAUUACUACGGGGCGAGACUGGUUCAUCUCACCAUCACAAAUGAGACGUACAGACGAACACAGCUGUCUUUGUGAAAUGGAUCAUGUAGUGAGAUGUUUUCUGAAGACGAUCCUCUGGCUGAUCAUCCCAUGUCCAAGAGGCCAAAGUCUGUUCAUCUGGACAUCUUAGAUGGCAACAGGAGAAGACACCUGGACUAUAAUAACACCUUGGACUAUGCAUUUGCUAACCAGUCGGGAAUGUGAAUAGAGUGUAAAUAGUGUGUUGUAAAUAUCUAGAAGACUUCACCUGGACUGGCCUGAGGCCUGAUCAUCAAAGACCACAAGAUGAUUCACUGCUGUAUUGUAGCUACUCCCCUUUUCCUUUCCUCGUCUGCUUUUAUUUAUUAUCCUUCUUUUCUGUAUUCCAGAACUCUAAACAAGUAUGUGUUCCACAGCUCCAGGCCAUUUGAGGAACCUUUUAUUGUGUGCAUUUUUUAUAUGGUUUACUCUUGUUGUAACACAUGCAUAUAUUUAUGGUAAGGUGUGAAGCGCAAUAAACAAAAACGGUUUUCACUAUUUAAAAAAAAGACUGAAGCAGUAACUGUUGUAGUUGGACAUGAAAUAUGCAACUGAUGGACACCCUCCAACUUGUAUUUGUUUUGCUUACCAGAUUUUGAAAUUAAACUGUGCAGUUAUGACCAAC